CAAAAGCGGGCCUCACAGUUAGUUUCGCUAUAGUCGUUCGUCAAGACUGGAGCAGCUUAAGAUGUUUUAUAAGCCGGAAGAAAUUGAGGCGGUUAAUGUACCUGACUUAAAUAAACUACUCCAAAUGGAUCCUUGGCUGGAGCCAUAUAAGUAUGAAAUUAAGCGCAGAUAUAAGUGUUUUCUAGACCAUAUGAAGUGGAUAAAUGAUGUAUGUGGUUUAGAGGAGUUCACUCAGGGUUAUAAAGAGUUCGGAAUACAUGUGCAUGCUGAUGGAUCUAUUUAUUGCAAGGAAUGGGCUCCAGGUGCAAAGGAGUUGUAUCUUCGUGGAGAUUUCAAUGAAUGGAAGGAGUUUACCCAUCCAUUUAAAAGUGUUGGUUUUGGCAAGUGGGAAAUGACAAUACCACCAUCUAAUGGCUCACCCCUAAUAAAACAUCUUUCUAAGAUUAAGCUCUUGGUUGUUGCUCAUGAUGGUCGUCGCCUUGACAGACUAAGCCCUUGGGCUCCCUAUGUCAAGUGCUUUGAAGGAAACAUUGUAUAUGACCAAUUAUUAUACAAUCCCCCCGAGAAAUAUCAAUUUAAACAUCCUCACCCUCCACGCCCUAAGAGUCUUAGAAUAUAUGAGUGUCACAUUGGUAUUUCGUCUUCUGAACCAGUUGUUGCGUCUUAUACUCAUUUCAAGGACAAUAUCCUACCUCGAAUCAAAGAAUUAGGUUACAACGCGAUUCAAAUCAUGGCGCUUAUGGAGCACGCCUAUUAUGCCUCUUUCGGAUAUCAGGUGACCAGUUUCUUCGCGGCAUCAAGUCGCUUUGGCACUCCCGAGGAGCUUCGCGCGUUGGUUGACGAAGCACAUCGUCUUGGUAUGGUGGUCCUUCUGGAUGUUGUUCAUAGUCAUGCUUCCAAGAACACUAAUGAUGGUCUUAACCAGUUUGAUGGUACAGAUGCCUGUUAUUUUCAUGACCGGGGUCGUGGGACGCACGAUCUGUGGGAUUCUCGUCUAUUCAAUUACACAGAGCUAGAAGUUUUACGAUUUCUGAUGUCAAAUCUACGUUGGUGGAUUGAUGAGUAUGGUUUCGAUGGUUUCCGCUUUGAUGGAGUUAUGUCUAUGCUUUACCAUCAUCAUGGUUUGAUGACAAAUUUUUCUGGUCACUAUGGUGAAUAUUUUGGACUCUCUGUCGACACGGAAUCAUUCACUUAUUUAAUGCUAGCAAACCACUUUUUACAUCAGAAGUAUCCAUUUGUCAUUACUAUAGCUGAGGAAGUCAGUGGUAUGCCUACCUUGUGUCGUCCAGUUUCCGAAGGCGGUGGUGGAUUUGAUUAUCGAUUAGCAAUGGCCAUUCCUGAUAAAUGGAUUGAGCUGCUAAAGAAAUACAAAGAUGAAGACUGGAGUAUGGGCGAUAUCGUGCAUGCACUGACAAAUCGACGUUAUGGUGAAUCCAAUAUUGCGUAUGCAGAAUGUCAUGAUCAGGCUUUAGUUGGUGAUAAAACUAUAUCCUUUUGGCUUAUGGAUAAAGAAAUGUACUUUAGUAUGAGCACUUUAAGUCCACCGAAUUUAGUAAUUGAUCGUGGUAUUGCAUUGCACAAGCUGAUAAGAUUUAUAACACAUACCUUGGGUGGUGAAGGUUAUCUCAAUUUUAUGGGUAAUGAGUUUGGUCAUCCUGAGUGGUUAGAUUUUCCAAGAGCUGGUAAUAAUAGUUCUUAUCACUAUGCACGUCGACAGUGGAAUCUCGUUGACGAUCCUUUAUUACGUUAUAAAUAUCUGAAUAAUUGGGAUAAGGCUAUGCAACAUUUAGAAGAAACCUAUUGUUGGCUUGCUGCACCACAGGCAUAUGUUAGUAGGAAAAACGAAGGUGAUAAAGUUAUUGCAUUUGAACGUGCUGGAGUUUUAUUUGUUUUCAAUUUCCAUCCUACUCAAAGUUUCACGGACUAUAAGAUUGGAGUUGAAACACCAGGACGCUAGCAGAAAGAAGUAAACAUGGGGUUCAAGUUCUUAUAAAUAUAUCCUACACCUUAUCAAUUAUGCGAUUGAAGAUAGCUAACUCUCCGCAUUGGGUUAAUUAAAAUUUAUUGUUACGAAUUUUUCAUUUCACAAAUCCUAUAACUUGACUGUUUAUUCUAAUCUCUUUGAAAAAAACAGCUGUUUUAUGGUUAUCUUCCAUUGUAUUUGUCUCGAAAAUCUCGUGUCAAUUAAUAUUUAAAAGUAUUUAGCCACUUUGUCCUCUGAUCCUUUCGGUUGAAUAAAUACUUUGGUAGAUUUGAAGCCCAUUUCUCACGUGUGUAUACAAAUAAAUGUGAUUUUUACAUGACUAGCUUUUGUAAAUGUUUACAUCAUCUGUAACAGAUUCCCAAUACAAUGCUGAGCUACUUAACCUAUUUGUUUGUGUAUUGUUAAGAAUUUAAAUUUGUUUUCUUAUGCUUGGAUUGUGUUUGCGUAUGCACAUCUCGUAUUUGUAAAGAACACAUUCUCACAAGUUAAACGAAAUAGUAACAAAUAAUAUUCUUAUUGCUUAAGCAAUUACUUAAAGCAUAUCGUGUUAUAUAUUGCAAUUUUAAUGAUGCUAUUCGAUUCACAUACCUUUCUGUACUCUGAACCAGCUUUCGUUUGUCUACUUUAUAAGGUACCGUAUUGUUUUGGAUUCUGAUCAAGAACAAUUUGGUGGUUUCAGUCGAAUUGAUCAAUCUGUUGAAGUAUUUACGAACAGCGAACCAUGGGAUGGCCGUCAAAACUGUGUUUUUCUGUAUUUACCAAGUCGCACUUGCAUGGCUUUGGCGUGGGAGUGACUGAUACCUUCAUUGGAAUGCAGUAUUCCCGUGUACUUAGAAUAAGUCACUAAAAUAUCCCCUGACCUCACAUUUACAUACAUUUUGGUUGUAAUCUCCAGUGGGAUAUCAUACUGUUGCAUACAAUUUUAUGAACUUAUUUUUAUCUUUAUUUUAAUGACUUGAAAUUAUUGUUUAAGAGGAUACUUAUAACUAGUUUUUAAGUUACCAAAUGAAUUAGUCUACUUUAUGCUUUAAUUUUUAUUUUAAUUCAUUACACUUUCGUAGUUGUGCAAUAAAAUUAUUUUGGAAAGUA